AUGCUUGCUUGCCUCUUCGCUCAGGCCACAAGCCUUAGACCAAUUCUUCUUUUGCCAGGUAUCUAUGGCUCAAAUCUUUUUGCUACAUACGAUAAUUUCGCAAAACACUGGUAUUGCCCAAAGAAGCAAGACCACGAUAUCUUCUGGGUUAAUCUCAAGUACAUUAUCCCACCAACAUGGAACUGUUUAUUCGAAAUGUUAACAGCACACUAUUAUCCAGAAACCGACACAAUUGGCUCCGCUCCAGGCAUGCAAGUUGAAGUUGAUGAUUUCGGUGGUGAAGCCGGUAUCAAAUACGUUGACAAAGGCGUUUUUGGUUUCCACUUCAUCGAAUCUUUCGCUCCAAUGCUUGAGUAUCUCAAGGCAAAGGGCUACACAGUUAAGAAGGACCUUUUCGGUGUCCCAUAUGACUGGCGCCUUGCUAUGGAUGCUCUUCGUUCCACCUUCUUCCCACAACUUAAGGCUCUUAUUGAAGAGGCUUAUGAAAAGAAUGAUCGCAAGGCUGUUGUCGUUCUUGGCUACUCUUGCGGUGGCCUCUGCCUCCAGAACUUCUUAACAGCUUGGGAACUUACCCAAAAAUGGAAGGAUAAAUACAUCCAUAAGGUCAUCAUGCUCGCUCCAGCUUUCGGCGGCUCCUCCAACACAAUCGAUGUUGCCUACAACCAGUACUUCCCAAUCGUUCCAUUCAUCAAGAACGAUAUCCUUCGCCAGGCAGUCGAGAACAUGCCAGUUCUUAAUGGCCUCUUCCCGAACCACUAUGUCUUCCAAAAUGACACCAUCAUCAUCACAGAUAAAGGCGAAGAAAUCAAGGCUCCACAACUCCCAGAGUUCUACCUUUCCCACGGUAAGUACAAUGACGGCGCUCGCAAAAUCUUUAAGAAGAACCUCAAGUGGGUCCAGAGAGAACCAAAGCCACUCGGUGUAAAGACAUACAUGCUUUACAACUCCGGCGUUGACACAACAUACACAGUCGAUUAUCGUAAGGGCUACGAUGAUCCACAGUACACAUACACAGGCGGUGAUGGCACAGUCCCAGCCAAGGGUCCAAGAUAUGCCUGCGACCACUGGCAGGAUCCAAAGCACCCAAUCAUUUGCCACGAUGUCAACCGUGUAGGUGAUGACUGGGAACACGCUCCACUCUCCACAAACGAGUACAUCCAUCAGGUUAUCUACAACGCCACAAACGAUCUUAACGAUGGCUGGUCACAUCUCAAGGGCACAUGGUACUUCGAAUCUCAUGAUGUCCAAGUUUUCAACACAACACUCCUCCACGCAGGCAGAAUUACCCGCAAACAGGUUUACAAUCCAGAAGAUCACUAA